AACAUUUUGGUGUUGUGCGGUCUUUUACACGGGUGUGUACACAUGCGAGCACUGUCAUCAUUUCUAGACAUCAGUUCUCAAUCAACCAGUGGACUAGUGCGUGUUACCCGGUGAUAUUUUAUUGCUAACUUGAUAUUCCAAAAACAGGUUUUGACAUUUUAUUUUUCAUAAAUAAAAAUAGUAAAAAUUUUGUUUAAUGAUUAAAAAUAAAUUUUAAUAAUCUAUUUGAAUCAAUUAAAAAACAAAAGAUCUGCCGAACGAAUGAUCUGAAAUAUCAAAAAUAUUAAUGAAUAUCCAACUACUCUAGUUGAUGAAUUCAAAUAUUAUAAAAUAUUGUGAAAUUAAAUCUAUCCGGUAUGAGGACUUUGAUUGCAUUUGAUCGAGUUGAUGAAAAGUUUCAGAAUAAGUAAGAUUAAAUAAUUGAAAGUGCAUAAAUACAUCAAGAGUGAUUGGAAACCCUACAAGAAUGAAUUUAGAAAAUAAUAUCAAAAGUCAGAAGUUAUUUUAAAGUGUUAUGAUUACUUAUUCAUUUAUAAAAUUAUCGCAAGAAUAGAAAAUAAAACACAAUUUCAGAAUGAACGUGACAACCACAGUUACAACUGUGACAACAGUAGCUGCAAUAACGAUGACAACGAGUACUGAUCGUGAUCGUAUUACAAGUACUUUGGCUGGAAUAAUAGGAAUGGAUGUAAAAAUUGCAAUGGAUAGGGGUAAAACUAAUUUAUUUGAUGGAGAUCUUGAUGUUUCACCUGUGACACUUUCGUCUGACUGGUCGAGAGUGGCUCGACUCUUACUACUUGCUUCGCUUGCAGUUGUUGGAAGUGUUGGGAAUGUUUUUAUGAUAUCAGCUAUUAUGGUUGAGGAUCAUUUGAAGAAAAAAGGCAAUGCUUUUUUAGUAAAUGUCGCAUUGGCAGACCUAUUAGUAACUGGUUUAGUAAUUCCAGCAUCAGCAAUUGUAAUUCUUGCGGGUCAUGAAGAGUCACCGGGAAUUUGUCGAUUUGAAUGGACUCUUGAAGCUCUAUGUUUCUUGGUAACUGUGUUAACUCUCGCAACAAUAGCUGGAGAAAAUUAUGCACGGCUUUGCCUUCCUCACGACAAGUACUCUGCUCUUACUACAACUAGAGUAACAGCAACAAUAAUCACAAUUUGGGUGAUUGCUGGGAUGGUAGUAGCACUUCAAUCAUCGUUGGAUCUUGGUCCAGAUUUUUGUGGACGCAAAUUUCACGGUAUUGCUACACCACAGGUAAUAGGAGCUUGUAUUUUUGUGAUAUUUCCAGCUUUGCUGACGAUAUUUCUAUAUUUUCGACUGGUUUUACGCGUGCGUCGUGCAAUAAGGGGUUCAUUCAAGCCUCCAGCCACUUUUUCUUGGGAUUAUGAGCUCACAAAGACUAAUAUAUAUAGCUUUGUUCUUUUUACGAUCUUCUGGCUACCAUUUGGCACAUCUAUCACCAUAAGCGCUAUGAAACCCACGAGCGCAAGAGUUCUUUAUAAUCUUGCUUGGUUUGCAUUAUCCAAGUCAUGCAUAAAUAAUCUUCUUUACUGCGUUUUUGAUCGUCACUUUAGAAAUGCAUACAUCAAAUUAUUUCAUUACUGUUGUUGUAAAACAACAGUGAGCUUUUCUCGAAGACCAAGAGGCGAUGGCUCCAGAUCUUCUGGUGAUGUCAGGUUACGAGUUCACAUUAUUCAUUCUUAUGCAAGUCCUGCUUCAUGUCGUCCUAAUAUUACUCGACCCAAUGGCAGAGACGUAUAUGAACUCUAAAAAUUGUUUUUAUUAUUUUUCCGUUAGUCAAUUUUAUUUUAUAGGUUUUCUAUUACUUUCAGUAUUAACCAACUCGAUUGUUGAAUUUUCUUAUAAAUUCUGAUAAAAGCGAGUAUGUAUUGAAUUGAAUGUAUGAGCUAAGAAAGUAACUGUUGAUUGAAACAGAAUAUAUCGAAUGAACCAUUUUUUAUUGGAAUUUAUAGGAUAUUCCCUAGAUAAUUGGUAUCGUAAACUAUUAUCAAUCAACGAAUCUCCUCGCUCCGUCCACUAUAGCCAUCGACAUAAUGUUUAUUUAUUUACGAUACUUUCCAUCUCCCCUUAUUUAUUGUCUUUUAUGGUAAAAUGAAGGUGGUUCGAAAUAAAUUUCGUAAAACUUUUAUGAGAAAAAAAAACGUUGAGGGCCACACGCACUUACAAACUAAUAUAUAAAAUUAUUGACGUUUCCGAGUCCUGCGUGCAUUUAAUCAUUAGAGAUACAUGUUAAAACAAAACUACAGCUUUUUAUAGAAUGACAAUAUAAUAUUAAUCAAAUAUAUAUAUUCAUAUUUGUCAUUGUAAUAAAUUAUAAAGAUAUAUUUAAAAAGUUACUGUCUACAUAACAGAGGUCUUUUUAUUAUUUAUUGAAGAAAAGUUAUGGAAAAGCAGUUCAUCAUUUAAAACCACAUAAUGAAUGGCUUGAUAUUAUAUAUAAAUUAUUAUGAAUAAUCGACAUAAGGUAAAGAUGUCGAUGGUUACUAUGAUGUUGCUCUAAGGAGAUAAAUUUUAAUUUCUACUACAUAAUACUAGACUUGAUAUAACUUUGGAAUAUUGAUAUUUUUUUUAAACUGCUGUCAAAGUUUAAUAUAUAAUUAAUUAUAAUAUAUACAUUUUAUCACAAGAGGAUGUAUUUUACAUGCCUUUUAUAAAACUGUGAUCACCAUAAAAAUGUGAUUAUAAGACUUGUAAAAUCACAGUACCUAUUAAAAAUAUGUAUAUAUUACUAUUAUUUGGUGCCGCCCAAUGAGUAUUAGGUUGAACAUGUUUUUUCUUUAAACAAUUAAUCUGGAUAAAAUUAAAUACUAUAAAAAUCAAUUUUACUUGGUAUCGAUAUUAGUUAUUAAAAACAAGAAAAAAAGAAAUUGUGGAAUUGACGUAAAUCAAAUUGUUGGAUCAAUCAUUUAAUUUUAUUUCGACAUAUCAAUCGUGAUUUCCAGCGAACUGUCGAUGCUCUCAUUUAUUAUCCUGCCAACGAGCACAUUUAAUGAGACUGAUUUUAAUAAUUUACUCUUGAGCAGCCACAAGAUUUUAUAUAUGUAAAUGGCAGGAAGUAUGAAAAUCUAUAAAUUUUAUAAAAUGGGACCAAAAGGAAUGAAAAUAAAAAAAAAUCUUAAUCCUUUUGAUCUUAAUGUUUUACUUUAAUUUUAAACAUAUAUUUUUUUACAUUCCAACGGCAAUUUUGUAAGUAAUAUCUAAUGUACAAAUUUAAAAAAUGUUUUAAAACAGUCCAAAAAUAUUCUCGUAAUGUUUUUAUCAUUUUGGCCCAAUGCUUUUAAUAAUUUUCAAAUAAAUAGAAUACUUAAUAAAAUAAAUAUCAUAUAGUAAUAUAAGUAUGAAUAAAUAAGAAUUAUUAAAAUAUCAACUCAAUAAUAACGUAGGCACCAACAUCUAAUACUAAAUAACUCAAUAACUAAUAAGUAAAAUAAUCAAUGUUGCUAUCAACUUUUAAUUAUUGCCUAUUUCUGCGUCGUUAUGAUAAGACAAAAAAGAACACACGUUAUACAGAAAGUAAAUGAUAGAUUAUCCAACUUUUGUAUUAUAAAUGAUGAUGACUUCCAAAAGAGACAUUAUUUAUUUUGUAACUCUGAGGACCAUAUUCACAAUAAUAGUUAAACCGUCUUAAUUCUCAUAUUAAUCACACCAAAAACAAAUAAAUUAACGUUAACGUUAAAUAAGAUGUAAUGUAUAAAUAUAUGAUUAAAAUUAUAAUUGGUAUUACUAAGAUUUAUAUGUUUGUGCUAUAAUUUAUAAUAUACGAAAUUUAUUGUUAAUAGUUGAAAUCAACAUCAUAGAUUUAGGAAUAUGUAAUAAAAUAAAGAUGUUGAAAAACCAAAGAAAUCUGGAAUUAAUAUUUAAUUAUUGUG